AUGAAGAAAAGUCAGCAUAAAAGGCUGGGACCCGCGGCUACAUGGAGAUCUUUCAUUCCAGCAGGGUGGACCUCCAAGAGAGGUCACUUUUGCUCUUAUUGGCCAAGUGUCGGUAGUAACUUUGUGAAUUGGUCUGCGGUUUGCUAUGAGAAAUAUGCUGCAAAUUUAAGCGAUUGGAUGCUAUAUCUAAAGUCUGGUUUAGUAAGUGAUGCUGCCAAGGUUAAUGUCAUGGUCGGUGAGCGCCGCCUGUGCCCAUAUUGGAUUGAUGAAAUUAGACAAUUGAUUAAGGGUAUUUCACACCUUCAUUCAAUUGGUAUUGGUCUAUAUCAUGGUGCAUUGAACAAGAGUUUAAGUUAUAUUCUUGUUGGUGGUUCCUUCAAGCUAAUCAAUGUGGAAGAUUGUUUUGGAAAGGAUAUUCACUUUGUUGUCAAAGUUUGGUAUUCCCUCAUCCAGCACGCUGGAUAUGUGAAUAGUCUGAAGAACCAUCCUUUCUUGAAGACUCACAAUGGUAGGAUGCGGCCUUGGAAUACUAAAGCUGCAAUUGCUUCGUGGAAAGAUUACAUGAAGGAGAUUUAUCGUCAUAUGGAUUCUGAUUAUGAUGGUUCGUUGAUGGUGGACCUUCUUAGAUUUCAUCGAAAUCUCUAUCAGCACUACAUUCAUGUUAAUUGCCGCAAACGUGGAGGGGUUAGGGUUAUUAUUGAAGAAGUCGUUGCUGAUGCUCGAAGUGAUGUUCUUCACAUGAUUCCAUUCCCUACUGUGGACCAAGCUUAUGCCUAUGUUCGCCGUGAAGAUGUUCGACAAGCUGUGAUGAUGGGUUCCUCUGUACCCACUAGCAUUAGCUUAGCGGCCAAGAGUGCGCCUCGAUCAGGUCCCCUUACUCGUGCCGGACAUCCCCAUAAUUCCUCUACUGCGGCCUACCUUCAGAUCCAGUCAUAUGUUACUGCUGGUGGUAUGCCACCUCCUAAAACCAUCCCACCUUUCAUACCCCAAAGUUCUGACGGAUGGCAGUGGUUGUACGCACUGUGGCAACCCCAAACAUACACGCGAUACCUGUUUUAA